AUGCCUUUAUAUGAGUGUUCGUCGAAUUUCCGCUCCAAGGAACCGGCGACAUUUCGACCCCUUGCCAACCGAAGAAAAGAUGGUAAGGCCAACAUACAUGACAUGGCCGUCUACUUAUUACGGGCCGAAACGUUACCGUCGGCGCGGAUGUAUCCCUCGGCACAAGCUGAUAGUAAUUUUAGUGCUGAAGCCCUUCCCCUCACAUAUCGGAGAACCAUUCUCGCUUCGGCUGGUGGGUGACAAUACGGGAUGGAUGUCGUUACAUGAGAGUAAAUCGGUCGGCCUUCGUCCAAAAUACCACCUGCAUCUCAACCGCUGUCAGCCAGAUCCCGGAUUUGAUAUGAUAGAGGCGAUUGAAGACUCCAUCAUCCAAUUUGGGAACCAGGUAAAUAAAACACAAAAGUAA